GUAGAUUGACGCGCUUUGUCACGUGAUUGCUAUUGAUCUCACGCUCUAUGCCUAUGUAGACAUCUCACGUGGGAAAAAAUGUAUGUGAGAUAAGUGGGUGGGAGUUUUAGGGAAGACCCUGUUGUCUGUUUUACAGAUAGACAAUAAAAAUAGGAAGGAACGGCGACAGGUGACGCCCUGAGAAACCCUGGCAAGCAUGGCAAAUGUCUCGAAGAAAGUGUCGUGGUCCAGUCGGGACGAAGAUACGGCUCAAGGAGAAGACACUCCACUUCUGAACGGAGCCAGUGCCGUGCGAUACACCAGACAGUUUUCCGGGAGCAGCAUAUUUCACAUAGGGAGGCUGAGUACAGUCGAUCUGGAAGAAGAAAAUUCAGAAGAGGAGGGAGCGGUCUUAAGCCGGCCCAAAGAGAUUCCUCACAACGAGAUGCUGCUGUCGCUGAAAUAUGAGAGCCUUGAUUAUGACAACAGCGAGAACCAGCUGUUCCUGGAGGAAGAGAGGCGGAUGAGCCAGAUGGGCUUUAAGUGUCUGGAGAUCAGCCGCUGGGUGGUGUGUGGGCUCAUCGGGCUCCUGACGGGCCUCAUCGCCUGCGUCAUCGACAUCGUCGUGGAGAACCUUGCCGGGUUCAAGUACCAUGUGGUCAAGCAGAACAUAGAGAAGUUCACUGAGGUUGGCGGCCUCUCCAUCACUCUCAUCCUGUGGGCUGUGUUGAAUUCUGCAUUUGUAUUGGUGGGCUCUGUCCUCGUGGCCUUUUUUGAGCCCAUUGCCGCGGGUAGCGGGAUCCCACAGAUAAAGUGCUACCUGAAUGGAGUUAAGGUCCCUCGCGUCGUGCGGUUGAAGACUCUUAUGGUGAAAGUGGGAGGAGUCAUUUGCUCUGUGGCUGGUGGCCUGGCAGUAGGAAAGGAAGGGCCAAUGAUCCACUCCGGGGCCGUGGUGGCGGCUGGAGUCUCCCAGGGACGAAGCACCUCACUGAAGAAGGACUUCAAGAUCUUUGAAUACUUCCGGAGGGACACGGAGAAGAGGGACUUUGUUUCAGCGGGCGCGGCUGCAGGGGUGUCUGCGGCAUUUGGCGCUCCUGUUGGUGGGGUCCUCUUCAGCUUGGAAGAGGGGGCGUCCUUCUGGAACCAAAUGUUGACCUGGAGAAUCUUCUUUGCAUCCAUGAUGUCUACCUUCACCCUGAAUUUCUUCCUCAGCAUCUAUAAUGAGAAGCCGGGCGACCUCUCGAACCCGGGUCUCAUCAACUUCGGCCGCUUUGACAGUGACAGUGUGGAGUACAACCUUUAUGAGAUUCCCCUCUUCAUCUGUAUGGGAGCCAUAGGUGGACUGCUUGGAGCGCUGUUCAAUGUCUUAAACUACUGGCUCACCAUUUUCAGAAUAAGGUAUAUCCACCGACCCUGCCUGCAGGUGAUGGAGGCCAUGCUGGUGGCAGCUGUGACGGCUACAGUCUCCUUCACCAUGAUCUACUUCUCCAAUGACUGCCAGCCCCUGGGCCCGGACCAGAGUGAGGAAUACCCCCUGCAGCUCUUCUGCGACGACGGCGAGUACAACUCCAUGGCAACAGCCUUCUUCAAUACGCCCGAGAGGAGCGUACGGAGCCUGUUUCACAACCCGCCAGGGUCCUAUAAUCCUCUGACCCUGGGCAUGUUCACGCUAAGCUACUUCUUCCUGGCCUGCUGGACGUACGGCCUGACGGUGUCUGCGGGCGUGUUCAUCCCCUCCCUGCUGAUCGGGGCGGCCUGGGGGCGGCUCUUCGGCAUCCUGUUGGCUGCCAUCACCUCCAGCGGCUCCAUCUGGGCGGACCCGGGGAAGUACGCUUUGAUUGGAGCUGCAGCCCAGCUUGGCGGAAUCGUGCGCAUGACGCUCAGCCUGACGGUCAUCAUGGUGGAGGCCACGGGGAACGUCACCUACGGCCUUCCCAUAAUGCUCGUGCUCAUGACGGCCAAGAUUGUGGGAGAUUACUUUGUGGAGGGUCUGUACGACAUCCACAUCAAACUGCACAGCGUGCCCUUCCUGCACUGGGAGGCCCCAGCCACCUCGCACUCUCUCACGGCCAGAGAGGUGAUGAGCUCUCCAGUCACCUGCUUCAGCAGGGUCGAGAAGGUGGGCACCAUCGUGGACAUCCUUAGCAACACGUCCACCAAUCACAACGGCUUCCCUGUGGUGCCCGGGGUCGGCGAUGACAAUGAGCCGGGGAGAAUCUGCGGCCUGAUCCUGCGCUCCCAGCUGAUCGUCCUUCUGAAGCACAAGGUGUUUGUGGAGAGGGCGCGGUCCCGCCUACAGCAGCGCCGGCUCCAGCUGAAGGAUUUUCGGGACGCCUACCCCCGCUUCCCCCCCAUCCAGUCCAUUCACGUGUCCCAGGACGAGCGAGAGUGCAUGAUGGACCUCACCCAGUUCAUGAACCCCACCCCCUACACCGUCCCCCAGGAGACGUCUCUCCCUCGUGUGUUCAAGCUCUUCCGAGCGCUCGGCCUGAGGCACCUGGUGGUGAUCGAUCACGAAAACAGGGUCGUGGGGCUGGUGACCCGGAAGGACCUGGCCCGCUACCACCUGGGGAAGCACGGGCUGGAGGAGAUGCAGCUGGCGCAGACGUGACGCGCAGACGGCCGUCCGCACCGCGCGGGGGCUGCGAACCCUGCGCCGGUCCGCCCCUUUGCUCCCCGCCUCCACCACACACCACCAGCUGCAGCGCGCGCGGGGGGGGGGGACGCCACGGUGCCCGCGUGGCAUGGACGGGCACGGACACGGAAACCUGCGGCGCCGCCCGCGUUCCAGCACCGCUCCCGGAUUCACUUGUUGCAGAGGUUGGGGGUGUUUGUCCCGUGUUCUUCCGUUUGAGAAUAGUAGCUGCAGUUUUUUUGGCUUGUUCUUUGUCUGUCUGGUUUUGCUCAGAAGAAUUGGGCCUGCUCGUUGAAGUUUUAAGCUCUGCUGUACUGUCUGGAAGUGUGUUGUACAGACUCCUCUGGUGGAAGGAUCUUGUGUAUUUUUUUUUUUUGUGUGUGCACACAUUUGUGUGCAUGCAUUGGUGUGUGUGUGUGCAUGCGUGCAUGUGUGAAUGCAUGCAUAAGUAUCUAUUGUGUGUGUGUAUUUGUGUGUGUAUUCAUAAAUGCAUGCUUUUGAACUGUGGGUCAGGGUAGGGAAGAUUGUGUGUGAGCGUGAUGUAUACUCCUGGCUGAUUCACAUGUUUGUGGUGAUUUGUACCAGCCUUUACAGAACUCGCUCCUUUGCCACAGCACUCGGACGUCUCCGUUGUCUUCAUACUCGUGCUCAUGGACUUGUUCGUUCAUGCAUUAAGUGUACCAUAUUCACAUUUAGUGCGGGAUAGAGUGACAGAAUGGGGAUCAGUCCAUCCAUCGUAAGACUGGGCACAAGUUGGUUAUUCAAGGGAGUUUCUGAAACCAAGUCUCCAGCUCUUCCGGAGUCCCACCCACCCCACUUCUGUGUGUUGGGAGGAGCGAGCGCUCAAGUGACUUCAUAUUGUGCCGUUGAUCUUCACGCUUCACUUGACAAAUCAGAUUCUUACCUGAGAGGUGAUGUUUUAUAAUCUCUAGGGGGUGAGUCUGUUCUCGCUGAAAGCCAGGAUGCUUUUCUCUGUUGUGUUUUUACCAUUAUCUGUGUGCUUUUUGUUGUUGUUUUUUUGUUUUUUUUUUCUCGAGGACUUCCUCCCCGAUUUAUUUUCGGUGUCAUUUUUUCUUAGAAUAAUUUUCUCUCUUUUGAGUAUUCAUGACCAGCAGUAUGAAUGAAAAGUCACGCUAUGUGAAGAUACAAGUUUUCCCUAAUUUUAGGGGGGGGAUGUAUAUUAAUGUGACACUGAUUGACAGUGAAGGGAUUCUGGAUCACAUCGGUACGCAUUUAAGCAACAGUGCACUAAAGAACCCCUUAAAAAGUACUUUCUGAAAAUUCUAAUAGUGACCUUCGGUACAUAUGUGUUUGUAGGGUAAUUCUGAGCCAUUUUUAUGCUUACCAACAGAUCAUGGGCCAUGUUUAACUGUGUUUUCAGUGGUACGUGUGGUUUAAAUUUGCUUUCAGUUGAACUCAUUCAGAUCUACAGUCUGCCCCCUACCUGUGGACUGGAUUCGGUCAAAAUGCUAUGCACUUUGUCCUCUGCUUUAGUUAACGGAUUUAACAGAUUUAACGCUACUUUAUUUAUGCAUCUUGCACAUUGUUAUGAAGUCAGCAGUUGCUGGCAUUGAUGGAAACACGAGUACAAAAGUGAAAACAAAUACAUAUAUCUAAGGGCAGUGAUUAGAUUCAAUUUGGGGCCUGUGUUUCCAUGUAAGAACAGUGAAAUGUGCCAGUAAGCCAUGGGUGCAGAUCAGUAGAAAAGUGCUAAUGUUUUUACACUUGAGUGUGUCAGUUGCAUCACUCUUGCUUUAGACACUUUUUAACCAUAGCCUUUCAAAAUUAUCAAAUUUUUUAAACUCCACUUUGUUUUUGAAAUUUGUUUUGUUCACUAAUAAAACCAUUGAUAAAUAC